CCGGGGAGGGCCGAAGGGUCCAGAAGGCCAGGGAGCGGGGAGGACUGUGGAGCCAAAGUAAAGGAAGUCAGGAGAGGGGUUCACCAAGAGGAGAGAGGGAGGAGCAGUUGAGAAGGAGGUUCCGCCCGGUUCCCCGCCGCCCGGGGCUGGUCCCCGGGGGUGGAGAGGGGGCGGGUUAUGGGAUGUGUUGUGAAGAAUGGUGAGAGAAGACCGGUUGAGGGGUUUCAAUACCUGUCUCUGCAGUUAACUAGCAAAAUGAUCAUGGCCACUAAGCACAGCUGGUGCCUCGAGUUCUGCUUCAACUGCUUCCAACAGGUCGCGGAAUCGGACCCGCUACCGAACCAAAGCCAUGAGCUCUGAGGUGGAUGAGAGCCUCUUUGGAGUUGUCAAGCCCCAGGCCCAGGGCAAGAGCGACAGUCCCAUUGUGCUGCUCCGGGACAAGCAUACCAUCCACAAAAAUCUCUCUGCCCUGGGUCAGGAACACAAGCCAGAGACCAUCCAGCACAUCACCCGGGACCUGAUCCGAGAACUCAUUAUUCCCACAGAGGACCCCUCCGGGGAAUCCCUAAUCAUCAGCCCAGAGGAGUUUGAGCGGAUCAAAUGGGCAUCCCAUGUCCUGACCAAAGAAGAACUGGAAGCCAGGGAGCAGGCCUUCAAGAAGGAGAAAGAAGCUGUCUUGGAAGCAGCGACAAUACGCAAGAAGACGAUGAAACAUAAGGAGAUGGUGAGGAAUAACAACAAGAAGCUCAGUGACCUGGAGGAGGUGGCCAAGGAGCGUUCCCAGAACCUUCUGCAGAGAGCCAACAAACUACGGAUGGAGCAGGAGGAGGAGCUCAAGGACAUAAGCAAGAUUAUCCUAAAUGCCAAAUGCCAUGCCAUCCGGGAUGCUCAAAUACUGGAGAAGCAGCAGAUAAAAAAAGAAUUGGAUGAAGAGGAGAAACGGUUGGAUCAGAUGAUGGAAGUGGAUCGGCAGAAAUCCCUUCAAAGGCAGGUCGAAAGGGAGAGGAAGCGGCUGGAGGAAAGAUUACGGGGAAAACGACAGAUUGUGGAGCAAAUGGAAAAGAACCAGGAGGAGCGCUCACUGCUUGCGGAGCAGCGGGAGCAGGAGAAGGAGCAGAUGCUGGAGUACAUAGAGCAGCUCCAGGAGGAGGAUCUGCGGGACAUGGAACGAAGGCACCAGGAAAAACUGAAGAUGCAGGCUGAGAUUAAACGUAUCAAUGAUGAAAACCAGAGGCAGAAAGCAGAGCGGCUGGCUCAGGAGAAGCUGGCAGACCAGAUGGUGAUGGAGUUCACCAAGAAGAAGAUGGCUCGAGAAGCGGAGUUUGAGGCCGAGCAGGAGCGGAUCCGGAGGGAGAAGGAGAAGGAGAUCGCCCGCCUGAGGGCCAUGCAGGAGAGGGCGCAGGACUACCAGGCCGAGCAGGAUGCCUUGCGGGCCAAGCGCAACCAAGAAGUAGCCGACCGGGAAUGGCGCCGCAAGGAGAAGGAGAACGCGCAGAAGAAGAUGGAGACCGAGGCCAGGAUGCGCCAGACCAGGCUGGAGCAGGUGGCUUUCAAGGAGCACGCCCUGGCCGUUCAGGUGCAACGGGACCGGGAUGAAUUCGAGAGGAUCCUCCGGGCUCAAAGAGAGCAGAUUGAGAAGGAGAGGCUGGAGCAGGAGAAAAAGGCCGCAGGGUACCUACAACAUGCCAACGAGCUCCGACGGCAGGUGCGUGAGAACCAGCAGAAGGAGGUGCAGAGCCGGCUCGCCAUCUUUGAAGAAGGCCGGCGCCUCAAGGAGGAGGCCCAGAAGCGUCGUGAGCGCAUUGAUGACAUCAAGAAGAAAAAGCUCGAAGAGCUGAGAGCCACCGGCCUUCCUGAGAAGUACUGCAUAGAAGCCGAGCGCAAGGCUAAUAUCCUGCCAGCCACCUCUGUGAACUGAGAGGGAACCUCGGUGGCCUUUGGGAGACAGAUUCUGCCCAGUCUCUGGGUGUCCACAGUUGUUACUAAGCUAGACAUUUCAUAGUUACAGAUUAAAUCCAUUCUGUUCCUCUAA